AGGCGAGACCUAUUUUGACAGCAGCAGGGCUCCGAUAUAUAUGUGAAGAGUUACUUUGUUGAAGUUGUACUUUGCAAGUGAAAAGGAUGGACCAUUGGGGAACAGAAUAGAGAGGACGUUUUUUUUUCUUUUUAAGAUUUGUCUGAGGUGUUUUUUUCCGUGGACUCUACUGGACUUGUCAUCAGAACUUUUUAAACCACAAGGAUAAAAAAACAUCCAUCAGAGUGGAGACUGCCUCGCGGGUACUGCCGGUUCAACUCUGUGACGAUGCCGGUGAUCAUACUUGAGACCAAAGACUUCACCAGUCCACUUUUUUUGGUGCGGACAUGGGCAGUCUUAUCCGGCUGUACCACCUUCAGUCUCGUGUCCUCGCUAGAGCCUUGGGAACUAAACAAAAAUGCAUCUCUCUGCCAACACCCCAACCCAUUCAGGAUCUUCUGCAUGUUUACCUGGUGCUUUUAUUUCACCCUCACUCUCCUCAUUCACAUCCUCAGCGUCAUCCAGUUUCACAACCUCAUCCCAGUUUCCUGGAAAAACCUGACUGUGACGGUGGCCUUGUCAGGCGCCCUGAUGUCCCUCAGUGCUUCUAUAGUUUUCCCGUGGAUCGUCAUGGAUCACUAUAACGAGUGGCAGCGCUGUGUGGCAGCGUCUGUGGUUUCCUGUCUCACCUUCCUGGCCUACUCUUCAGAGUCCUACAUUCUUCGCACCCAAGCCCAAGAACAAAGAGGCUAUAUGGGCAGCAUGCCUGGUCUCCUCAAGAUAUUCCAGCUGUGGGGAGGCUGUCAGAUGAUUGUCCUGGUUGUGGAGGUGGUCUGUGUGCUGCCUACUUCGGAACACCGUUGGCAGCUGUGGGUUACCAGCAUAACAUAUGCCAUCUGUGUCCUUACCUGUUUUGCCACAGUGGUUGUGAUUUUAGGUGACUGUGCUGGGCGAUGUCUCCUGCCCUUUGACAAAUGUAUGACUGGCUUCAAUCUGACUGGGGUGUUGUUCUACAUGGUGGCCACAGUGAUUUGUUUUACUGAGAUCCUGCACCUGAGAGAAAAAGGAAGUAUUUCAGGCAAAAGUCUUCAGUUGGUUAUAAUGGAAACAGUUGUUGCCAGUAUUACACUCUUAGCCUACACCGUUGACUUUGCCUUUUCCAUUAAACUACUGUGUCACAGGGGUCAUACUUGAAAUAACUCAUCACAUUAAAUGCACUGUAUGUGACAUUGACUAUGUAUAGUCUUGGGAUUUUCAGUGAGGUUAUCAUGUGUUUGCGAAUAUAUAAAGUCAAUUUGAAGAGAUGAUUUUGCUCUUAAACAUUGCUGUGUAAAUACUCUGUCUGACUUGUAAGACAAUUCAAGUUGUUUAUAUUUAAGGCUUAAAGACAAAGAGAUUUAUAUAUCUGAUCAGCUGUAUGACAUUUAUACAUGAGUUAGCUAUGACUCACAUGCUCAGCAACCACUAAACCUGGGUAAUUUGACAGGUGCACUGACUCAUAAGCAUAAUUGUGAGGUGUUUGAACUUUAGUGGCAGCUGAAAAAUGGUUAUCAAUGAUAAACAUGAAUUGACAAACUGUGAACCUAUGACAAAUAAUUGAAUUUAUACUAAAGUGAAUAAAACUGAAGUGAAAAAAUCAA